AUGGAGAAUGCAAAGUCCAUUGGAACUUCAAUGAGUCCAACUACUACGCUUGAAGAAGAUAAUAAUGGAAAAAGUGUGGAUGAAACGAUGUAUAGAGGAAUGAUUGGAUCUUUAUUAUGUCUCACUGCUAGUCGACCAGAUAUAGUGUUAUGUGUGUGUAAAUGUGCAAGGUUUCAGUCGGCUCCAAAAGAAUCCCAUCUUACUGGAGUUAAACGCAUUAUUAGAUAUCUUAUUGGGACCUCUGAAUUAGGAUUAUGGUAUGCUCACUCUAAGAAUUUUGUGUUAAAAAGUUUUUCAGAUGCAGAUUUUGCAGGUGAUAAGAUUGAUAGGAAAAGUACUAGUGGCACAUGCCAACUGUUGGGAAAUGCUCUAAUUUCCUGGCAUAUCAAGAAACAAAAUUGCAUAGCUUUGUCAACUACUGAAGCAGAAUAUUUAGCUGUUGGAAGUUGUUGUAUACAAGUUCUUUGGAUCAUGCAUCAAUUUCUCGAUUAUGAUUUAUCUCUUACCUCUACUCCUAUAUUUUGA